GUCGGCCCUUGUCCAACCUCCCGGAGCAGGCCUGCAUCCCCCGGCACCUCGUGCACGCCUUGCAAGCGCAUUGUCACCGCGGAAGCACUGUCUCGACAUGCAGACCUGCCCGACAGUGGCGAGCAGCGCCCUGCGCCGGCCGCCCCUGGUGGCGGCGCCGUCUGCCGCCCAGCGGCACCGGUGCCUGCGGGUGCAGGCGCAGCAAGGCUUCAGCGGCGGCCAGGGACAGAAGCUCCCCAAGCAGGUCAAGAAGAGCAAGCGGGGCAAGGUGGCGUCGCGGCCCUCGCCCAAGCUUACCCUGGAGCAGCUGCAAGCGGACCAGGCAGCAUACGAGGCGCAGCGCCAGCAGCAACAGCAGCCGCCAACGGCGGCAGGGGUGAGCUCUGAGGAGGAGGAGGAGGGGGAGGAGCUGUACUAUGGAGGCAGCAGCAGCGGCGGCGCCGGCGGCGCGGGCGGUCGUGCAGGCGGUAUGGUGCAGUACGGCAGCAGCGACGUUGUGCCCGAGGUGGUCACCAACCGCAUGUUGCGCCGCGUCAUCCUCUUCAUGGGCACACCCGUGUUUGGAGGCAUCCUGCUCUUCCCCUUCUUCUACUGGCUCAAGAUCAAGCAAGGCGUGGACCUGCCCAACUGGGUGGCCUACCUCUCCUCCUCCCUCACCUUUGGCGGCGGCCUGCUAGGCAUCAGCUACGGCAUCAUGUCGGCGAGCUGGGACCCGCGCCGCGAGGGCAGCCUGCUGGGCUGGACGGAGUUCCAAGCCAACGUGCCGCUGCUGCUGGACCGCUUCAAGCGCGGCAGCGACUGAGACGCCAGCUGGUGGCUGUGUGUUUUCUUAAACAGUUGCACAUGUAACCCGCUUGAAGGACACUUACCCUGCUGGUUGCCUCCACGGGUGUUCAAAGACCAGCGGCAGCGGGUUUGAAGCUUGUUUAAUCAACAACAAUGCAAGGAACAACUAACUAGAACUGCAAACAACUAAGUAG